GAUUUGAAGUAGGCAAUCAAUCAUCUUCAAAAAGUCAAUUUCAGUUCUAGGGUUUUAAUUUGAUACGAGGUCAGCGAAUCCGGCGACGAAUAUCCGCCACUGACAACUCAAGCUCAGUGUAGGACAAGGAUUUGUGUCCAUGGCAGCUUUCCAAAUGUCUCGUGAAUGGAUCGGUAUCCAGCAGUUCCCACCUGCUACUCAAUCUAGAUUGCUCGAGAUCCUUGGGAAGUAUAAAGAAGAGGAUGUGAGCUCGUUAACUGUCCUUGUAAUGGGGAAAGGCGGUGUUGGAAAGUCAUCAACUGUGAAUUCAAUAAUAGGCGAGAAAGCUGCUGCAGUUAGUACUUUCCAGUCUGAAGGACUGAGGCCAACCUUGGUCUCUCGCUCAAGGUCGGGAUUUACAUUAAACAUUAUCGAUACUCCUGGUCUUAUCGAGGGAGGAUAUGUGAAUGAUCAAGCCAUCAACAUUAUCAAACGAUUUCUCCUCAACAUGACUAUAGAUGUGCUAUUAUACGUAGAUCGUUUGGAUGUAUACCGGGUGGAUGACUUAGAUAGGCAAGUUGUCAGUGCUAUAACAGAUGCAUUUGGUAAAGAGAUAUGGAAGAAGUCUGCACUUGUUCUCACACAUGCUCAGUUCUCUCCACCGGACGGGUUAAAUUAUGACCUCUUUGUCUCCAGAAGAUCCGAUGCUAUUCUUAAAGUUAUCCGUACAGGCGCUCAACUGAAGAAACAGGAUAUGCAGAGUUCAUCUAUUCCUGUCAUUCUUGUUGAGAACAGUGGAAGAUGCCAUAAGAAUGAAAGCGAUGAAAAGAUUCUUCCGGACGGGACUAGUUGGAUUCCCAAUCUGGUCAACACAAUCACAGAGAUCUCUUUCAAUGGCAACAAGGCGAUUCACGUUGAUAAGAAACUCGUGGAAGGGCCAAACCCAAACGAAAGAGGAAAACGUUUAAUUCCUUUAAUCUUUGCUUUCCAGUACUUGUUGGUGAUGAAGCCAUUGGUUCGAGCAAUCAAGUACGAUGUUACUAGAGAGAGCAAACCGGCGUGGGAGAUGCGAGACUCCGGUUUAGCAAGUCGAAGGUCUUGAGUUGACACGAGUUUUGUUUUUGUUUGUUUAUUUAUCUGAGAGAUUGUUCUGUAGUUGAAAACUUGUUAUGAUGACUUGAGAAUGUGGUUCACAGAUUAUAACUCUCGGGAAGUAAACUUAUCUUAAUUAUCUUCUGCAACCUCCUUAAUUAA